UACGGCAUGAUCAUUCUACGGCAGCUAGUGAAAACCAUCGUAUCAUUUGUAUAGACUCAUUCGCAGAAAUCUACUGCAGUUAAUUUCGCUCUCGCGAUGCGUCUCACUCAUUUCCUGGCAAUUUGCUGCAUUUGUCUGGUCGGUCGUGUCCACCCGUAUUCCCUUGGAUCCCUCGGAAAGAGCCUUCUCAGCAAUGUCGCUUAUGAUAUGCAAUUGAGAGAGGAUCCUGUUACUGAAGCCUCUACAGAGAUUCCUACUGAACCCUCUACUGAGGCCUCAACAGAAGCUCCUACUGAACCCUCUACUGAAGCCUCUACAGAGGCUCCUACUGAACCCUCAACAGAGGCUCCUACUGAACCCUCAACUGAACCCUCUACAGAGGCUCCUACUGAACCCUCUACAGAGGCUCCUACUGAACCCUCUACUGAACCUCCUACCGAAGCCUCUACAGGGGCUCCUACUGAAGCCUCCACAGAGGUUCCCACAAAAGCACCUACAGCCGCCACUACAAACGCACCAACUACAAAACCAUCGACCCAAAAGCCAGCAACCACAGUAAAACCUACUACAAAAAUGCCUACUACAGUUAAACCGACCACAGCUAAACCCACCACUAUAAAACCGACUACAGCUAAGCCUACCACCAAGAAACCUACUACAGUAAAACCUACCACUAAGAAGCCGACUACAGUUAAACCUACCACUAAGAAGCCUAUUACAAUGAAACCUACUUCUAAGAAACCGACUACAGCUAAGGCUACCACUAAGAAACCUACAGUGAAACCUACCACUAAGAAGCCUACUACAAGGAAACCUACAACUAAGAAACCAACGACGAAAAAACCAGUUGGUUAGAUUUAGAGCCGGUCCUCGACCAACUAGGCCUAGUUCUCCGCUUCAGAAUACCAUGACUGAGUGACAUCCCUGCAUCCGAGAAUUGACCAACCGAACCUCUUUUUAAAAAAAGGAAUUGGUUUCUAAAUACGUCACCCAUAUAUAGUCAAACGUCAGCCUUAUGCCUAUAUUACUUUGUGUGUUGCUGUGUUACGAAAUGCAUAUGCUGAUGAAUAAGGGGAUCGUUUAAAUUUUGAUGUUGUUUAAGGCCUACCAAACAGUUAUUUAAGUGUUGGGCUAUAAUUUCAAGCGUGUUGGUAAAUAACUAUAAUACCCAACUGUAAUAGGUUUUAAUGUUUUCAAAUAAAUUCAUUGUUACAGUUA